AUGGUGCUAGCGCAGCUCGGCGGGAGCCUCUCCCGCGCGCUGGCGCGGAUGACGAGCGCCACGGUCGUCGACGAGAGGGUCCUCGGCGACUGCCUCAACGAGAUCACCCGCGCGCUCCUGCAGGCCGACGUCCAGUUCGACAUGGUCCGCGGCAUGCAGGCCAGCGUCAAGCGCGCCAUCGACCUCGGGACGCUCGCCGCCGGCACCGACAAGCGCCGCGUCAUCAAGGGGGCCGUCGUCGAUGAGCUGUGCAACAUGUUGGACGCCGGGAAGCCCGCCUUCGCUCCCAAGAAAGGGAAGCCGUGCGUGGUUAUGUUUGUUGGUUUGCAAGGUUCUGGGAAAACUACCACUUGUAUGAAAUAUGCUCAUUAUCAUCAGAAGAUAGGAUUCAAACCAGCACUGGUUUGUGCUGAUACAUUCAGGGCUGGUGCUUUUGAUCAGUUAAAACAGAAUGCGACAAAGAUCAUGGUUCCUUUUUAUGGAAGCUACAUGGAAUCUGAUCCAGUAAAAAUUGCUGCUGAGGGCGUGGAGAGGUUUAGAAAAGAAAAUUGCGAUCUCAUAAUUGUAGAUACAAGUGGAAGGCACAAACAAGAAGCAGCCCUCUUUGAAGAAAUGCGCCAAGUUUCAGAAGCAACGAAACCAGACCUGGUAAUAUUUGUGAUGGACAGUAGCAUUGGUCAGGCUGCCUUUGCUCAGGCCCAAGCAUUCAGGCAAAGUGUUCCGGUUGGUGCUGUAAUUGUUACAAAAAUGGAUGGCCAUGCGAAAGGAGGUGGCGCACUUAGCGCUGUCGCAGCAACGAAAAGUCCAGUGAUAUUUAUUGGAACUGGAGAACACAAAGACGAGCUAGAAGAUUUUGAUGUGAGACCAUUUGUUGGUCGCCUAUUAGGUAUGGGAGAUUUGCCGGGCUUGAUGAAGAAGGCUCGUCAAGUCGUACCCGCUGAUCAACAACCUGACCUUAUGAAGAGACUGAUGGAAGGAAACUUUACUCUGAGACUUAUGUACGAGCAAUUCCAGAACCUUGGUAAAAUUGGCUCUAUUGACCAGAUCUUCUCCAUGUUGCCUGGAUUUAGUUCUGAAUUGAUGCCACAAGGACAUGAGAAGCAGGGUGAGGCCAAGAUAAAGCGGUAUAUGACGAUGAUGGAUUCCAUGACAGACGCAGAGCUUGACAGCGAAAAUCCGAAGCUGAUGAAGGAAUCCCGAAUUAUUCGGAUUGCUCGGGGAUCUGGCCGGCCUGUCAAGGAUGUCUUGGACAUGCUGGAAGAAUACAAACGGCUUGCGAAGGUGUGGACCAAUGUAAUAAAACGGCUAAGGAAGUCAAACAAAGGAAACACGAAUGCUCAGCACAUCAGCAAGUCUCUCCCUCCAGAGCUACUGACUCAGAUAGGCGGCAUUGGUGGAUUACGGUCUCUGCUGAAUCAGACGGUCUCAAAAGAAAUGGGCGGUGGUGAUAGGUAA